AUGAUCACGGAGUUGGCUGUUUUCGAAAAGAUGUCGGACCAAGUCAAGAUUUCGCACGAAGAACUGGAACGAGAUGGUUUUUGUCAAAAUCCUUUUUUUGAAUGUCUGAUUGCUGAGGUGUCUGAUGAGCACCGAUCUAAAUGUGGUUACACUGUAGUUGGAUAUGCACUUUACUUUUACACUUACAGCACCUGGAAAGGUCGAACCGUUUACCUGGAGGAUCUCUAUGUGAUGCCGGAAUUCAGAGGUAGAGGUAUUGGCAAAGGCUUGAUGUGCAAAGUUGCAAAGGUUGGGACAGAGAAGAAAUGUGUCCGUUUGCAGCUGGCUGUUUUAGACUGGAACUCCCCGGCCCGAGACUUCUACGCAGCAAAAGGGGCUCAGGACCUGACUGACAGUGAAGGAUGGCACUUCAUACGCUUUGAUGGUCCAAGCCUUGAUAACUUGGUGAAAGAAGCUCCUAAAGAUUAA